AUGAGGUUCUUUGAAAAUCAAGGCAGCGUCUUGGGUGAGGGGAACGGUCCAGUCCUGGUUGUGUCGAGCGACGGGAGAGCUGCACCCUGGUCCUGCCUCGAAGGCUCGAGAGGGCCGUGUGAAAUCUGCAUUUGCCAGCUGGCCGAGGCUCUGGCUCUCAGUGGCCGUGGAGGUGUCAACUUGGAGCCCCAGCUGGGGAAUAUCACAGGCGUGCUGUUCGAGCUGAAAGGUACUCAUGGCAGGACAGCACUGAUGGACACCUUGCGCUGCCUGUGGGCAGCCAGGUUAUACGGCGGCGAUCAGCUGGUGAUUUUGCUGCAAAACAUCAUCAAACCCGAGGAACCUGCCAAGGCAGUGGCAGCCCUGCAAGUCUUCAGGGAUGUGUCCUGCAGAGGCAGCAGAGGCGGGGAGGAGGAGGCUGACCUUCGGCUGCAUGCCUGUGUUUUCUCUAGUGCCCCAGAUGGAGACCUUGAAGCAGGAGGUGAUGAGUUCAGUGGUUCUGCUGAUACAGAAAAAUCCGAGACCUCCCCGCAUCCCAUCGCCUCCCCGCACCUGUCGUCAAUCGAAUGUGGGCCCGCUGUGGAUGUGGGAGGUCCCCCAGAUGUUGCAGAUCCUGGAUGGAAGUUCCUGUCGCUCUUGGAGCUGGAUGGCAGAACAGAGCUGCUGCUCACCUGCUACUGGAGUGUGCUCUGCCUGCCCCCAUCAGAGGCGAUGCAGAAGGAGGUGUGCAGACCCACAGAGGGACAGGCCAGUGUGUCACUGUUCGGGAAGUCCCCGAACCGUGGUCUCUCUGCAGGCUGGUGGGAGCUCCCAGAACCGAGACACACGGAUCCAGGCCUGCUUGGAGUUCAGUGGGAUAAGGUCCUUGAAAAAAGCACUGGACCCCCAGAAGCCGCAUGCUGUGCUGGCCUGGAUGCUGCUCUCCCCAUAAUCCCCAAGACCCCAGAGGGCGUCAGCAUUGGGAAAAGAUCCCAGUUCAUCCUUUCAGAGCUGAGCACUAGUCAGUGCCCUGGCUCUGAGCAUCUCAGGCAGGCCCACCGGGAACCAGAGUCUCCUCUGGACGCCAAGAGACAGGAAAGGGGUGCUCUGGGCCGCGGCCUCACCCGUGCUGCCAGCCCAGGGGCAGGUAGGGCGCAGGCGGCGGUGAGUGGCAUCGAGAGCCUGCUGGAGAACCCGGUGCGCGCCGUGCUCUACCUCAAGGGUUCUGGGCCAUCCAUCGUGCAGAACCAGCAGAGCCUCGUCCACGUCCAGCGCCAGCGCAUCGACGAGCAGGAGCGGCGGCUGGACGAGCUGAGCGCUGAGAACCGCAGCCUCUGGGAGCACCAGCAGCUGCUGCAAGCCCACCCUUGUGUCCGCCAUCGUCGUUCCCGGUACUGGCCUUCUGGGCCACUGCUCUCGCCAUUACCACUGGCGGCCGGGAACCUCCAGGACCAGGGACAGCGCUCAGCCGCCGCGCCACACCCCGCGCGCGAGCAGAUGCCGCUUCAGCACCACGGACAGCUCCUGGCGCAGCCCAAUCGCCCACCAGCUCCCGGGACACUUGGGGCCGCUACAUACAAGGAGUAGGAGGGUCUACCGAGUUGCUGCGCAGCUCCCGGAGUCCUUCUUCAGUACAAAUCCCGCGCGCUCGGCAAGGGCGUCCUGAGCAGGAGACCUGAGUGA